AGACUCGGGACGGUAUUCUAGGCAGCUCGGAAAAACCUGGCAAAUUUGGUGUUGCUAAACCAAGACAAGGUGCAAGGUGGUGUUUUUUCUUUCUACCAUUUGACUAAUUCUUGGACCAUCCAGGAUACAUUGUCCACUAAUGAGCAGGUGAAAAGAAAGGAAAAAAUCGGGAAAACUUUCCUUUACCUCGGUGCUUUAUGGGAAAUCAAGGCUAAAAUCGAACACCGAACACAAGCCAAAAGUGAAAGAAAACCUAGAAAGGCUGCUGAAAUGAAUUCAGGAGCUCGCAAUAAUUGCCAAUCAGUGUAGAAAAGUGCAAAAUUGCAGGGAAAUUCUUCUGCCAAUUCUAUUUUCUGUGCAGCGCGCGAUUGUUGCUUGUGGUGCCAAUUCAGUUCAGUCAGUGUCUUGUGCGGAAAAGCUACCGUGAAAUUUGAACCGAAGGAGGAAAUUGGCAUUGGCCAUGGUUUUCCCCAGACCCUCCUGCUGGGAGCAGAAAGCUUGAUGGUCCGGGAAAACAGAAAGAAAAGUGCACACAGUAUGGUGCCCAAUAAGUGAGGAAUGAGUGAGCCAGGCCCCGGGACAGUGUUGUUGUGCUUCGGUGGUUUUUCCACCAUAUAGGUAGCUGCUGAGACUUCCAGGGUGAAGAAUCCUUGCUCUGCUGGGGGAGAACCAAGCAUUGGGAAUAGUUAAUCAACUGAAUGUAAAUGUAAUUACCGGUUCUGUGCGGGUGGGAUUCAGGAAAAGGCGGAAUCCGGGCGCAAAAAAGUUGUUCGGAAGUACCACCGGGAGAUUCGGAGCAGAACAAAAAACACCAUUGAAAAGUUGAAGAAGCUGCCGCCAAAAUUUUGGUGUGCUUUUGAUGACCUCUCAAAUUGCUAGAAGUAUCUUUCCACCGGUCUAUAACUCAUUUGCCGCUUAACUAACAGGGAAUCUCGACGAGUGAGAAGUCCACCAAAUAGGCAAAUAAGUGUAAACAAUCAUGUACGCAGUCAAAAAGAGCAACAUACAGGGCAUAUGAAUCAACAACUGCAUGCAGCAGCUCAGCUAUACAAAUACGAAUUCCAAACAAAAAGGAUGCUUACGUAACAUAAACAGCCAAAACCAUGUCAUUGAAGUAAUGCUCACCGGAGGACCACUUGAACCGAAUCAGAGCAUCGUUCCUUCCUCGGUCAGUCGGCCAGUGGCCUCCUCGGAGUUGUCAACCAAAAGGCCACCGAAUUUAAAUAUGACUGUCAAACAACGACGAUCCAGCUUGCUGCUGAACGCAAAUCGGUGUAGCUACGCGAUGUACGAAAAAUUGCGAACCUAAAGUUACACCAUUCAUUGUGUUGUGUAACACUGCUGGAAUAACAAAUAAACAUAGGUUGAAAAAAACCCCGAAAAAGGUUUACGUUUUGUGAGGUGGUGGGGGGCUGGCUUUUAAGGCGAAAUAGAACGUGAAUCUUUUAACCUCCCUGUGUUCUAAUUUUGUAUCGUAGGUAAUGCUUUAUUACCAGAAGCACCAGAGGCUAGAAGAGCGAAAAUAAAAUAUGAUAUCGUCGACGGCAGCAGUGCUAGUGUCUCUCUGUCUUGGACCAAAUAGAUAGAUGUGGGUGGCGCGAGCUGCUUCUGUUCCUGCUGCUUCUGCUGCUGCUGAUAGUGGUGGGCAGUAAGCUACAUAUUGAUGUGGAACAGUGCAAAUCGAGGGUGAAAUUGUGUUAAGAGAAAAGUGUUUUACUGGGUCAGGUGGAAUAAAUUGAAUCUCUGUCGUCGUUGGCGUCGUCGUCGAUAUGUUGAUAAAGGAAUAUCGAAUACCGUUGCCGCUGACGGUCGACGAGUACCGAAUAGCGCAGCUCUACAUGAUAGCGAAAAAGAGCCGUGAAGAGAGCAAAGGCGCUGGCAGCGGGGUGGAAAUCAUCGUCAACGAGCCAUACCAGGAUGGGCCGGGCGGAAAUGGUCAGUACACCAGGAAGAUCUAUCACGUGGGCAGUCACCUGCCGGGUUGGAUCAAAGGGCUGCUGCCGAAGAGUGCCCUCACGGUCGAGGAGGAAGCCUGGAAUGCCUACCCGUACACCAAGACACGCUACACCUGUCCGUUUGUGGAAAAGUUUUCACUGGAGAUUGAAACCUACUACUUUGGCGAUAACGGCCACCAGGAGAAUGUGUUUAAGCUGAACGGAAGCGACCUGCGGAACCGAAUAGUGGACACCAUCGAUAUAGUGAAGGACCAGUUGACCGGGGCAGAUUACACCCAGGCCGAGGAUCCUACCAUGUAUGUUUCGGAGAAGACCAACCGAGGCCCCCUAGGGGAGGAUUGGCUGGCCGAAUACUGGGAAGAGGUCAAAGGAAAAAGUCAACCCACCGCCCGAAACAUGUCGCUCAUGUGUGCAUAUAAAUUAUGUCGGGUCGAGUUCCGCUACUGGGGUAUGCAAACCAAACUGGAAAAGUUCAUCCACGAUGUGGCCCUCAGGAAAACGAUGGUCCGGGCCCAUCGGCAAGCCUGGGCUUGGCAGGACGAAUGGUUCGGUUUGACUAUGGACGACAUCAGAGAAAUCGAACGGCAAACACAGCUGGCACUGCAGAAAAAGAUGGGCAUCGAGGGCGAAGGUGAGGAGGAUGACGACCGAAGUAAUUCCGAAAGCAACAGCCGCCGUUCGAAUCAGUUCAAUUCGAUCGAAAAGACGGAAGAAAAUUCGACCCCGCAGGUGAUGAAAAAACCGACGAUAGCUCCCCCUUCACCUCCGUCUUCCCACAAAAACUUGGCGCAACCGAUCCUGCAGCCUCCGCCGAAGGUGAAAAAACAUCCCCCCGUUCCGAAGAGUGACAGUUCCGAGGAGGAAAGCUCCGAGGAAGAGGAUGAUGCAAACUUCCACAGCCAGCGGAGCAAUCAUCUCACCAGCAGCAGCAACAAGCUGCCCCAUUUGGCCGGAUCCAAAGGACAGCUACCCUCGCCGCUGGGCUCGGCGCACAGCUUUGAUCUUCAGAUAGCGAAUCACAAAGUGUUAAAAAAGAAUGUUGCCAACUGGCGGAUGGAAAAGCUGGAGGUCGAUUCUAAAUCCGGAUCCGAGGAGGAGUUCUUCGACUGUUUAGGUGAUCUUGGCGAACAAGCCUCUCUGGCAAAGUGGAGUUCGCUAGAGUUGCUAGCCGAGGAAGAUGACAGUCCCCCGAUUGUGAGCGCAAAGAACCAGGAGGAUUCUAUCUUCAGUCACAGUUACCUGCAACGGGUGGCCUCCGAAAGGGGAAGUCGUCGACCAACGCUGGGAGCAUCCUCAAGCAUGGACCGGGGCAAUGGGACUGAAUCUCCGCCCGGUUCGCCAAGCCAUGCCUCAUGCCCGACAACGGUUCUAGUUCUGGUGAUGCACUCGGGAAGUGUUCUGGACGCAAGUUCGGAUAUGACCGCCAAAAAGUCGGACGUAACAACUUUUCGGGGAGCGUUCGAGUCGGUCAUGCGACAGCAUUAUCCCUCGCUGGUGGGGCAUGUAGUUAUCCGGUUGGUUCCGUGCCCUUCGGUUUGUACGGAUGCCCUGGGGAUAUUGUCCAGCUUGAGUCCGUACUCGUUCGACGCUUCACCUUCUACUGCGGACAUUCCUAACCUUACCGAUAUUCCGAUUGGCGCAAUUCCGCUGCUGACGACCUGCUCGCCGGAUUUCCAAGAUUCAGUGAACCGUGCAGUGGCAAGUGCCAAUCUAGUUUAUGCUGAAUUCCUAAAGACUGAAGAAGGAAAAGGUUUUAGCGGACAGGUAGCCCUUAUUGGGGAUUCCAUGGGAAGCGUUCUAGUUCAUGAUGCACUGUGUAGAAAUAAUGCCCGUCAUGGUAGCGAAGCUUCUGGAUUGGAUCACAUUGUAGACUUUAUGGAAGUGAACGACUUGGACGCCAACAAACUGUUAACAGCGCCUUCACCCAGACGUAGGUCUUCAUCGACGAGUGAUUCGCGUUUGCCAAAGUUCGACUUUGAAGUCGGAGAUUUCUUCAUGUUUGGAAGCCCACUGGCAGUUGUUCUAGCGGCUCGAAGGCUUAGCGAUAGCCGUUAUGGAGCAAACAAGCCGUCAUGCAUGCAGAUCUACAACCUAUUUCAUCCUACCGAUCCUACUGCGUCCCGACUAGAACCACUGCUGAGUGCUCGCUUCUCAAUGCUUGCGCCUGUCAACGUACCGAGGUAUGCCAAGUACCCACUCGGUAAUGGACAACCUUAUCACCUGCUGGAGCUGAUACAGUCCAGUCCACAAAUUUUUAGCGAUGGUCCACCGCCAAGACGGCUCUCGGAUGCAUCGAUCCAGAGCACCGUAUCCGGUAUGAUCGACAACGUUCCUUUAACCACCAUCAAUCAGCUUCAACAGCGCUGGUGGGGCUCCAAAAGACUCGACUACGCUCUCUACUGUCCCGAUGGGCUAAGCAACUUCCCGGCUCAUGCACUUCCCCAUUUGUUCCACGCCAGCUACUGGGAAUCGAGUGAUGUGAUUGCAUUCAUCCUGCGACAAAUCGGCCGGUUCGACAAUCUUACUCUGGUUGGAUCGGACGAUAAAGAGAUUUCAUCGUUCCGACCGGCGCAACCUCGCGAGAAAUGGAACAAGAAACGAACCUCAGUGAAGCUUAAAAACGUCACCGCCAAUCAUCGUGCCAAUGAUGUGAUUGUGAGGGAAGGUGAACCGCAGAAAAUGGUCGCUCGCUUCAUGUACGGACCAUUGGAUAUGAUUACGCUGGCCGGGGAGAAAGUUGACAUCCACGUAAUGAAGGAUCCGCCUGGCGGCGAGUGGAUCCAGGUUGCCACUGAAACAACAGACAAAAACGGUCGCGUUUCCUAUGUUAUUCCCGACGAAAGAAGUCUGGGCUAUGGUAUUUACCCUGUUAAAAUGGUUGUGAGGGGUGAUCACACCUCGGUUGAUUUUUAUCUGGCCGUGGUUCCACCGAAAACCGAAUGCGUUGUGUUCAGCAUCGAUGGCUCAUUUACCGCGUCGGUCUCCGUUACCGGGAAAGAUCCGAAGGUCAGAGCCGGGGCAGUGGACGUCUGCAGGCACUGGCAAGAGCUGGGCUAUUUGCUAAUCUACAUUACUGGUCGCCCUGAUAUGCAGCAGCAGCGUGUGCUUUCGUGGCUAAGUCAACACAACUUCCCCCAUGGGCUGGUCUCGUUUGCCGAUGGUCUUUCGACGGAUCCUCUGGGUCACAAGGCUGCUUAUCUGAACAAUUUGAUCCAGAACCACGGGCUGGUGGUGCAUCUGGCGUACGGCAGCAGUAAAGACAUCAGCGUGUAUACGAACAUCGGGCUGAAACCGAAGCAGAUAUUCAUCGUUGGCAAGGUCAGCAAAAAGCACCAAUCGAUGGCGACGCCCCUGACCGAAGGCUACGCGGCGCAUCUCAGCUCGCUAAUGGCUCCGGGAGGAUCGCGUCCCGCACAAGGCAACGCCCGCAUGGUCAUCCCGCGCGGUUGCUUUAACCUGCCCGGCCAGAACCAGUCCAUUCGCAGGCGAAGGUUUGUUCCUGGCUAACUGUAACCCAAAUGUCACCACCACCAAAACCAAAACCACUAUCCGUCAUCACUUCCCUUAAACCAAAAUCACGACUACUACUGCAAGAAACCCUCGAGCAGACUUAAAGUAAAAGACAAACACGCACGCCAGUUUUGUAUGUCGUUUUUAAACACGUGUGUUGCCAAACAACAAUCAAAUCUUUGAAUUAACUAGGGAUACAGGUUACCCGUUUCGUUGAUCCUCACCUAUAUGUAUGUGUUGUAAUGAAGCACCCACAGCAGCAGUUGUUACAAAUCCCAUAUACAGAAAGACACGCACAGUUUGUUAGUAGCCGACUUUUAACCUUGACCAAAAUAAAAGCUUGUACGUGGCUUCCCUAACGAUAGUUUGUGCCGCUACUCUGUGCCGUGCCAAUGUGCCCCCACAAAAAUCAAACCGUUCUUACUAAGCACUUCACUUGAUGUUUUGGUGUAUCCCUUAAAUCCACCACAUGACCACAGUUUAAAUAAAAAACAAGUCCCCUAUAAAGUGAAGACCUAAACUACCCACAAACCGAAAGAAACCAAUAAAUCAACCAUACAAUUUCCUUCAACAAUCUUACUCCGACUCGGAUCGAAACGCGCGUGUUUAUUGACCAUGGCUACGGAACGGAUUGCAGCAACGAAACAGGCGUAGCGGUAACUUCAUCACCGGUGCGCAGUGGAUUCCUGAAACGUAAAACAUAUCUACACUGAAGUCUAAGCUCUUCGAGUUGUGCCGCCGGUGGACACAACCGAAUGAUGCCACCCCUAUAAUCUGAAGAUGAAGUCCGACAAACUACAACAGCUAAAUACAGUGUUGAAACUCAAGAACAAAUGAUGACACCCGAUUCAUUAUUCCUGGGGCUCGUGGAAACCUCCGUGAAUCGGCUAAGUAGACAAGUCAAGACUAUUGGGAAGUGUGUGGUGACCCCGCUGCAAAUUAUGGUGUCCUGCUACGAGCGAUAUUUUGCAUCUCCUCUCUUGGCAACCUUAUCGAUGUAUUUAGCGCGUCUACCUACUAGUAGGAGUUCGCGUUUCUACAAGUUGUUCGUGCGUAGGUUGUCGUUCUUAGUAUUAUAGACUGUGGCUACAAUACGAGCGCAGCGCAAAUAUCAAGGAUAGCGGUUGGAUUCUGUCACUUGGUACCUGGCUCAAUGAAGACUGUCUCUUGAGAAAAAAAAAGUUGUUGAACGAACGCAACGUUCGAAUCUUAGAGUUUACAAUUUGUGGAUGUAACGUGAAAGUGAGCAUAACAUUUAGUGAACAAAAAUUCACAAAAAGAAACAAACAUUACUUCCUCCCAUUUACGAAGAAUCAAAACAGAGGCAAGAGAGACAAAGAAUAUUCGUUAUUGAAUCUGAUGUGUAGAGUUAUUUAUAUUAGUAAAAUGUGCGUUGGACUCUGUAUAAGUAUAUUGUUAGAUAAGCGAUUUGAUGUCAAAAUUAGACCUAUACAAUGGACAGUAAUUUAAGAAAUCAUUCAGAAAAGGGCAGGCAACAACACAAUGUUGUAAAAAUUAUCUAUCUACCUAGCAGUCGUACCACGCUACUGUUACGCGCCAAUGGAUGUUUGUUAAAAUUUGAAUACCCGAAAGCCAACUCAAUGUGAAGGAAACUUUGCUAUAAGUUAGAAACAAACAAAAACCUAAAACUGGAUGGAACUAGAAUCGUAACGCGGCAAAAGGAAACUUCAAUCAAAUAUGACUUUUGCGUAUCUUUAUCGGGUCAGUGUGAAAUAUUUUUCUUUAAAAAAAUAGAAAGCAAAAGGUUACAUUAAGCACUGUCUUUUGAAAAAAAAAAACAAAAAUGUGAGAAUAUUAGUAACCACGUUAUGAGAAAAGAAAAUGAGAUAUUCUAAAUCACUGUUGUUAGUAGCAUUUAAGGCGAAAUGGGUAAAAGUAAAAUCUCUGUAACGUUAUUCACAUUUAGUUCUAUCGACUUAGGUUUCGGCAUUUAGCGCGUAGUAUUAUUAGAUAGUAGUACCUCUUAUUUGCAAUCUCAACACUGCACUGAUAUUAUUAUGAAUACUCCUCGGUAUGAAUUUAUUUGAAACAUACGAAUUUAAGUUACAUUUUAUAAACAUAUUUUCACUAUUUAAAGGUUUAGUUUGAAAUAAAGUUCAGGGUUGGUAGGUUUGAGUAUUUUUUUGUCAUUGAUUUGCAUUAAAAUCAUUAUAUUUUUCUCAAAGCAAACGUUUAUUAUACAAAAUCAGUACAUUGGGAGUGACGAUCAAUUUAAAGUGUUAUUUACCCUUCUUAGUUUUUGCGGAACUUCGAAUCUCAGUUUCAAACUUAAUUCUUCUUCGAUGUCUUAUUAAAGUAAAAAAAAUCUAUUGUUUCGCUUUAUUUUAAAACUGUGCGACCACUUCCAAUGCACUUUUUUGUAUAAAAACAUUUAAAAACAACACAAAACAUGAACUACGCUGAAUGGACAAUCCCUGUAGGCUUGAAGCAAACAGUUAAAACAGUAAAGAACAUGUAAAAAGUUGAUGAUACAAUUGAAAUCAAUCUACACUGCAUAAAAAACAGGCAAGGAUAAGGGCGAACGAUUCGAAGUCUACUUAUGGAAAUAACUCAAAGUUGUUGAAUUUUAGUGGUAAUUUAAAGAGAAAAAAAACCCUAAACUAAAAAAAGCAGAAACUGCACUGUGUUACAAUUGACGAGAAACAUAUUAUUUUUCGCAAAGAAAAUUAAAAAAAAAACAACAGCGCUGGAAGCAAAACUAAACUUAUCACUUACACGAGCAAGUAACAAAAUAACUCGAACAUAACUAACUACCUAGUAUCACUAUCGUGCGGAUCAAUCUUUCGAAGGACGAUAUAAAAUUUCGGGACGGACGAAUUCCUCUAAGGAAGCGCAAACUAAAUCUUUGAAACCAAUCAUGUGCAAACUAUGCAAAAAUGACGGCACAUAUUUUCAUUUUCGGAAAGCAUUUUACAAAACACUUCUUCUCUACCGACCACGUGGCUGCUGAUGAUUGGGGCAACUACCCUACUUCUAUUGCGCGAAUGGGUUGAUGAUUAGGUACCUAUAUUUUCUCGAAGAAAUGAAACUCGGAAAAGUCUUUGUGUGUAGAGAGAAUUAUUCUCGAAUGAUAAACAAAACAAAAAAAAAACGGUAAACCGGUAACAGAAUUGUAUCAAUAUAAUUGUUAUAAACCACUGUGUGCAAUAAAAAAAAGAAUGUUUAGUGA